GCCGGGGCGGAGGGCUGCGGGCCAUGGCGCCCCGGGCCCCCGCCGCCCGCCGCCCGCGCCCGCCUGGGCGCCCCCGAGCUGCGCCUCGGAGCCCGCGGAGCCACGGCCCGCCAGGAGGCGACUUGGAGCUCCUCUCGGUGCUGACAUGAUGACAGUGUGCAGGCGGGCCAAGGGCAGCCACAGCCAGCCUGAAAACCUGUGCUACAAAUUGGCUGACAAGGUCAAGGUGGAAGGCCCAAAGGCUGGGGAAGACCCUCGAAGGCAGCCACUUAGGUCCUCCAUCCCUUUCCUAGAGACUAAUCAGGCUUCAGCCUUCGGAAGAAGCCCGCUGGAAAGCCUCAAUAACCUGAUGCUAGAGUCAAGAGUGGACUGUAUUCAGCAGAACAUGUUCAGCUCAGAUAUGACCAUCAGCGACCCAGCUUCAGAUGUCAGUGCUAAAGAAGCCAGCAGGGCUAGCAAGAGGCAGCUCACGGGCGUUCAGAACCCCUGCCCUCCUGGCCGAGGCGGGGCCCGGCACAAGUCCCUCAGCAUAAAGGACAAGAUAUCAGAAUGGGAAGGGAAAAAGGAGUUGCCCACUACUGCAGCUGGCAGGAAAGCAGAUGAGCAAGAGGAUUACCUGACGUCCUGUGUGAUGGAGAGGAGAAGUAGUGAUGGUGUGAGGACUCUGGUCACAGAGGCUCAGAAUGGAACGAGGCUGGAAACAGAGAGCAAAGAGGAUGAGAGGAAUAAAGGAGUAGUGAGAGUCGAGGGACAGGAUGCAGAGCGGAGGCAAGACCUAAGCCAGCCAGCCAGGGAGCCAGCUCCCAGCUUGGGCAAAGGCCGAGAGCGGAGGCUUGGCCAACAGCGCUUUCAGAAUGAUAGCCUCUCUGUGCUGAAGCAGGUCAAGAAACUUGAGCAGGCUCUGAAGGAUGGGUCGGCAGGGCUGGAUCCCCAGUUACCAGGGACUUGUUAUUCCCCACACUGCCUACCGGACAAGGCUGAGGAGGGGCCCACCCUUCCUGAGAACCGUGGAGGCAGGAGUGGCUCAGAAUUCAGGCCACACCGCUUGGACCUGGAAGCCAAGGAGCCUGCCCCUGAGGCUGGGGAGGAAAGGAAAGGCUCAUGUGGGAGGCCCUGCAACCAGAGCCUGGAGAGUGUGUACAAGGGCUCGGAGGACUCCACCACAAAACCCUUCAUCAACCCCCUGCCCAAACCCCGGAGAACGUUCAAACAUGAUGGAGAAGGGGACAAGAAUGGGAACCCAGGCAGCAGCUUCAGAAAAGAUAAAAGGAACCUGCCUCCUCUGCCCUCUCUACCUCCCCCGCCUCUGCCCUCCUCUCCCCCGCCUUCCACCGUGAACAGAAGACUGUGGAACGGGAGACCGAAACCCAGUGCUGACCACAGAAAGUCCUAUGAGUUUGAAGACUUACUGCAGUCUUCCUCUGAGAACAGCAGGGUGGACUGGUAUGCACAGACCAAGUUGGGGCUCACACGCACUUUAUCGGAGGAGAACGUCUAUGAAGACAUUCUGGAUCCCCCAGUGAAGGAAAACCCUUAUGAGGAUGUUGAAUUACACGGUCGCUGCCUGGGGAAGAAGUGUGUCUUGAACUUUCCAGGUUCUCCCACCUCUUCCAUCCCUGACACGCCCACCAAGCAGUCAUUGUCCAAACCUGCUUUUUUCCGGCAAAAUUCAGAGAGGAGGAACUUCAAACUGCUGGACACUAGGAAGCUGAGUCGGGAUGGAACUGGGUCCCCUUACAAAAUCAGCCCCCCGUCCACUCCCAGCAGCCCUGAUGACACUUUCUUCAACCUUGGAGAUCCUCAGAAUGGCAGGAAGAAGAGAAAGAUACCCAAGCUGGUAUUGCGAAUCAAUGCCGUUUAUGAGGCACGGAGAGGAAAGAAGCGGGUGAAGAGGCUGUCCCAGUCAACAGAGAGCAGCUCAGGAAAAGUGACAGAUGAGAACAGUGAAUCUGACAGUGACACCGAGGAGAAGCUGAAAGCUCAUAGCCAACGCCUGGUCAAUGUGAAGUCACGCCUGAAGCAGGCUCCAAGAUACCCGUCACUAGACCGGGAGCUCAUCGAGUACCAGGAGAGGCAGCUCUUCGAGUACUUUGUGGUCGUGUCAUUGCACAAGAAGCAGGCCGGGGCUGCGUAUGUGCCAGAACUCACCCAGCAGUUCCCUCUGAAGUUGGAAAGGUCUUUCAAGUUCAUGAGAGAGGCUGAGGACCAGCUGAAGGCUAUCCCCCAGUUCUGUUUCCCCGAUGCCAAGGAUUGGACUCCUGUCCAGCAGUUUACCAGUGAAACAUUCUCAUUUGUCUUAACUGGAGAAGACGGGAGCAGAAGGUUCGGUUACUGCCGAAGACUGCUGCCUGGUGGCAAAGGAAAGCGUCUCCCUGAAGUUUACUGCAUCGUGAGCCGCCUGGGAUGUUUCAGCCUCUUUUCCAAGAUCUUGGAUGAGGUGGAAAAACGACGAGGCAUCUCUCCUGCCCUGGUGCAGCCCCUCAUGAGGAGUGUUAUGGAAGCCCCUUUCCCAGCCCUGGGCAAAACCAUCAUUGUCAAGAACUUCUUGCCAGGAUCAGGAACUGAGGUCAUUGAACUGUGCCGCCCACUGGACUCCCGGCUCGAACACGUGGACUUCGAGUCUCUUUUCUCCUCUCUCAGCGUGCGCCACCUCCUCUGUGUUUUUGCCUCCCUGCUUCUGGAAAGGAGGGUCAUCUUCAUUGCAGACAAGCUCAGCACGCUGUCCAAGUGCUGCCACGCAAUGGUGGCAGUCAUCUACCCCUUCACCUGGCAGCACACCUACAUCCCCGUGCUCCCGCCCGCCAUGAUUGACAUCGUGUGCUCGCCAACCCCUUUCCUCAUCGGGCUGCUCACCAGCUCACUGCCGCUGCUCAGGGAGCUGCCACUGGAAGAGGUCCUUGUGGUCGACCUCGUCAACAGUCGGUUCCUCAGACAGAUGGAUGAUGAGGAUUCCAUUCUGCCCCGGAAGCUUCAGGUAGCCCUGGAACACAUUCUGGAACAGAGGAAUGACCUGGCUAGUGACCAGGAUGAAGGGCUCCCGGACUACAAGCAUGGCCCCAAGUCCAGCCCCUUGAACGAGGUGGUGUCUGAAGCCUUCGUCCGCUUCUUCGUGGAGAUCGUGGGCCACUACUCCCUGUUCCUGACGGCAGGCGAGCGCGAGGAGAGGACCCUGCAGCGAGAGGCCUUCCGCAAAGCUGUCUCUUCCAAGAGCCUCCGUCGGUUCCUGGAGGUUUUCAUGGAGACCCAGAUGUUUCGAGGCUUCAUCCAGGAGCGAGAGCUGCGCCGGCAGGAUGUCAAAGGUCUAUUUGAGGUCCGAGCCCAAGAGUACCUGGAAACACUCCCCAGCGGAGAACACAGUGGUGUCAACAAGUUCCUCAAGGGACUAGGCAAUAAAAUGAAGUUUCUCCACAAGAAAUAACCCUCAGCUCAGCCUCAAGGAAAACUUCCUCCUAAUGCAACCACAUGUCUUAAAAACAGUCCUGGUGGCCUUUCUGAAACGUUGGGUCCUUGGUUGUCCCAGGUGCUGGGAUGAAGGGCAAGAUGGUUUCCGACUACCGCUGGGCCUUCCCCAGGACCCAGGGCCCCAGAGCUGCCCAGAAGGUGCCGCUUCUUCAGAACAGCACUGGAAAGGGGACCAAGACCAGGCAUGUCACUGACACCCAAAUGGAUUGUUUUGAUUGUUGGUUUUUGAAUUUUCAAUUUUUUUAACCUUAGAUAUUAAAAAAAAGAAAAGUAUUUGGGUUUUCUUUUUAUUAUGACAGAGAUAAGAACACUCUCUCCUGCCCUAUGUCAUCUUUCCCUGGUUCAUCCUGCCUGGCAGUUGGGCUCUGGAUCCAAGAGGAGCUGGGGAGAUGGGAAGAAGUGGCAACCAGGGACUUAGAACUGCGGCGCUGCUCUGGGCAGAACUGGGUACAAAUGCGGCGGGUGUGAGGGGAGGAGGGUAUGGCGGCUCCUGCAGACACUCGUGCCCACAGGUUUCUGGGCGUGAGUCCUCUUGGGGAAAGGACUGGCCCAGACGUGGAGUGAAGUCAGAUCUGGGCUGAAAGGAAGAACAGGAACAUUAGAAGGAUUUGACUUUCUGGGAUGAGCUGUGCUUCCAGACUGGCCAGUGAUGCCACCUGGUGGCCGAGGCCAUUUGUUGUCCUGCCACAGACUCCUCUCUCCCAAAUGGACCUGACUCUUCUGGGCUGCCUCUUUUCUCUUAGAAGCCAUAGAACCGUCCACUGCCCAAGCAGUCCGUGACUUUUAGAGGUACGCACAAAAAGAGGAAAUCUCCUUGUAAGAUUUGUUCAUAAAAUAUUCUUGGGGUCCUAAAGUUUAUGAUGAUGCCCCGAGCCCACCUUGAAACAUGUAAGCCACUGCUUUGACCCCAUUCCCAUUUAUACCAUCUGAAAUAUUCCAUCUCAUUGUAGGGACCUAGAGCUGCAUAAAUGAACUAGUACCCAUGCCGAUUAAACGGAGGGGCUUUAGUUGUUGAUGUUAACAAGAGGGAGCAUCAAGAGAGGACAGCUUCCUUCAUUCGACUUGUGCAGGCAGCAAGGUGGCUCACCUCCUCUGGGCCGGAAGCAGGGGGUGCAGGAGAAGGCUGCACUCUGAGCGCUGUCCUGCAAGGGGUGCAGUGGGAGGAGGAAGAGAAUGGUGGGCAGCACAGGCGAGUUCUCGGAGCAAGCCUCGGGCCACCACGGCGGCCGAACCGCUGCCUCAUGUUCACUGGUCCCUCCGGAUGGCACCAGCAGCCCCGACCAAAACACACUAAAGGAUGUGCUCUGACCUUGGCAAUGGCCCAGCAGUUAUGCCUUCUGGAAGCAGUUCUCAACCUUUAAGGGGGUUGGGAGCAAGGGGAUCUUCUGAGGAAAAAGCAGAAAGUGAAGAAGAGGUUGACCUUUUUUUUAAUUGGAGUCAUGGACCCCCCAUCCGACUUCCCGCCAAAUUGUGUCCAAGAUUUGGGGAGAGGAUCUAUCGUUUACAUCAGAUUCUCAAAGGGGUCCGAGACCCUCCAAAAUAGUAAGAACCAGACUGUGCCUAAAAAUUAACCUGGGUAGGUGUUUGUGUUUGGGGAUUGGGAAUGAAGACUGAAUGAAAAUCUCUGAGUGUCAGGGCUCAGGAAUUUGUACCCAAUAAGCUCCUCAGAUUAGUUGACUUUACUAGUACCAGUAUUCUGCAUAUUUUUAUAUUGCCCAGAGAUGGUCACUUUUAAUAUUUUGGAAUGUACUUUCUCUUCUAACUUAUUUCAUAUUGUUAACACCUCCAAGUGAAUAAAUGUGCAUC